CAUACUGGCAAAAAUUUGCGCAAUACUGACCAUUUGGGUUGACGCAAUAUUUCCCGUACUCACUGGUGACAAACUAACUAAAUUCCCCGCUAACAAUAAGUGAUCGCUGAUCAAUCCCUCUCUUACCUCCCCGAGCUCACACGGAUCGCUCUCAUUGGCCUAAUUGUUUGCGCCGCGGGGGGUGCGUGCAGCAUUCCUUCAGAUCCGCUCGAUAUCGGUAAGAUAUAUUACGAUUUACAACUCCCACGUUUCACGAUUGAAUCCUGAAAAUGACCGACCCCGUUGCCGAUACCCCCGCGAUGGACGAAUUUGCGCAGACUCGUGGCGGUGAUGACCUAUUCGACGAUGAAAUUGUUCCUGUAGCCGCGGAGCCAGAGGUCCCGCCGGAAGUCCAAGCAUUGGAAGAGAACGUCGCAUCGCUAUCGUUAGAAACCGAAACCCCGCCUCCCCGUACCGAAACCCCUCCACGGUCGCGCGGGGGCGAAAGGCGAGGACGUGGCAGAGGAAAGGGUCGCGGUGGCAGACAAGGGUCGCAAAAUCCAGCUUCAAGGCGGGGUGAUGGAGGCUCAAGGGCCAAGUCCGCUGCUGACGAUGCCGCCCAGAACGAGAAGAGUCAUGAGGAACCCGCCAAGGUUGUGUCUGCUGAAGCAACAGAACAAGCAAAGAAGGAAGAUGCGACUUCGGACUCCAAACCCUCCGCUGAGGCUAAUGGUCCACGCGUGCCAGCUGUGCGCGGGGAUCGGAGUGCUACAGGUGGGAUAAAGAAGCCGAAACUCACAGAGGAGGAACUUUCUCAACGUAUCGCCGCGGCGAAGGAAAACGCUGCUCGUAAGGCUGCCGCCCACGCCCGUGCUGAAGCCGACCAGGCCUCCUUCCUUGAACGAGAGAAGGUUGCCGAAGAGAAGCGACGUCAGGAACGCCAGAACCGUCGUGUGAUGGAUAACGAACGAGAGCGCAAUCGGCAGCGAAAGCUUCAAGCCCUGGGCGGGAGAGAGUGGGAUUCGCAGAAGCAGGAGGAAGAUUAUAACCCUCGUGGAGGUAGAGGUGGAUUCCGACGAGGGAUGCACGGUGGUGUCUCUGGAUACGUUAGACGAGACUUUGGAGAUUCGCAACCCGACGAAGAGACGAACAAUCACCACCAGAACAGCACUCGAGGCCGGGGUCGUGGCGGUAGAGGUGGUCGCGGGCGCGGCCGUGGACCACGAUCAGACAUUCCACCAUCUGAAGGCGCAGCGAACGAACCAAGUUCCACCGAGCAAAAGCCCGCUCCAGCUCCAGUCAUCGAUAAUGAAGCCGAGUUCCCUUCCCUGCCUGGCGGUAGUAAAAAAGAGAGCACGGUCGACAACGAUUCUUCUGCGGCUAAGCUCGACGCAGUCCUCUCGCCGAUAUCUGCAAGCGGUGCUACAUGGGCGGAGCAAGUCGAGAAUAAUUAGAUGUCCACAGUCACGAGUCUAUACUUCUCUUUAGUCAUGUUUUGGAGGGACCAUUGUUAUUGCAUUCACGGAAUAUUCCCCGAACUAUUGUUAUUCACUAUGCUUCUAAACCAUGUUUACGCUUUGUUACAGAGACUUCCUGCCAACAUUGGAUAAUGAAAGAUGCCCUUUCCGCCCUAUGAUCCUUCUAAAGCAAUGUAAAACAUAUGCAUCAUGAUGUCUCAUUCUUCCUGCAGAAUCUCUGCAAAUGAUGGACUUACAAUAUAU